AUGACCACCACAACCGAUGCUACCGAGCUCACCGAGCAAAAGCCUGCCGCAACACACGAACAUCCCACGUCGGAGUUUGACCCCUGCAGCAACGCUAAAUUCACGUCACCCUUCUACCUCUACAAGCACGACUCCCCUCGUCCGUCCUUCGACGUCGCCAAAUCACAAGACCCCGCUCAUGUGUCGGUUAAUGACCUCAAGGACCUCGAAGCCGGCUCGGUCAACCUCUCUCCUUCAAUCUCACAGGAGAAGAGAGAUGCCCAGAAUGCAGCGACGACGAGCAGACUCACGUUCUGGAAGAGACAAAAGCAGUGCAUGACAAAGCCGAAACAGAGAGGCUGUGCGUGGUUCUCGAGACUUUCUCCCCGCCAGAGAAUCGUGGUUAAGAUCUUGAUUGGGCUUCUCAUCAUUGGUGCAGCCGUGGCAAUUGCCAUCGGUGUCAGUAUCAAGGUUGGUGGAGGAGUGUACAAGAGCAACAACACAACCACAGAGAUUGGUUGA